AUGAACCUUUUAAGCUGGAACUGCCGAGGGCUUGGGAACCCUCGGGCAGUUAGAAUCCUUAAUAUGUUGAUUAAGGCUAAGCUCCCAAGUUUGGUUUUCUUACUAGAAACCAAGUGCUCAAAGUCCAAAGUUGAAGCUGUUAAACAGCUGAUUAAGUUUGAUAACUGCCUAGUAGUUGACAGCGUGGGAAGUAGUGGGGGGUUAGCUAUGAUGUGGAAAAACAGCCUUGAAGUCCAAUUGAUAAACUUUACUAGAUGGCAUAUCAGUGUGAUGGUAACUGAUAAAAGGCACAAUGCUCCUUGGAUGCUCACGGGCUUUUAUGGCCAUCCUGUUACAUCCCAAAGGAAAAUUAGUUGGAAUUUACUUGGGGCCCUAAAGCCUUCUUGUGGAACUCCAUGGCUGUGCAUAGGUGACUUUAAUGAAAUUUUAUGUCAAAAAGAGAAAGUAGGGGCAGUACCUAGACCCUAUAAACAAAUGGAAGAUUUUCGUGAAGCCAUUGAGUUCUGUUUACUGGAUUCAAUCCCCACCAAAGGAAACAGAUUCACAUGGUCCAAUAAUAGGAGUGGAAGAGGUUUCAUCAAGGAAAAGCUAGACAGAGCACUUGCAAAUGUUGAGUGGAAGACAAGGUUCCCAAAUGCCAUAUGCCAGGUUUUAACAGCAAUGAAGUCUGACCAUGCUCCACUUAAUCUCCAAUGGGAAGGACCUCUAUCAGUAAGGAGGUACAGACAGGUCAUUUUUCGUUAUGAAGUAGCCUAG